UCUCUCUCUCUGUCUCUCCCAACAGCAUUACCUGACGAUGUUUGGCAGCACGAUGAUAGUGCCGCUGCUCGUCACGCCUCAGAUGUGCAUCCCGCCGACGAGCACCGCGAAAGGAGAGAUCAUCGCCACGCUCUUCUUCGUGUCCGGCAUCGUCACGCUGCUGCAGACGACGUUCGGCAUCAGGCUACCGAUUGUGCAGGGUGCCACUUUUUCGUUUCUGGCUCCUACGUUUGCGAUCCUGGCGUUACCCAAGUGGAAGUGCCCGUCGGAGACCGAAAUCGAAGCUCUGAUGAAUGAAACAAACGGGACAUUUGAUAUUGGAGAGAUAUGGAAGCCGAGAAUGCGAGAGGUGUGUGAAAGCA